CGUUUUGUUUGCAGCUAAAUUAAACAAAAAUAUAUUCGAAAAUAAAUUCUGACAAAAAAAAUUAAAAGAUAAAUGAGUCAAUGUAAUUUUGAGUUAUUUGCGCUUAAUGUGGUGAAGAAAAAAUAUUUUUUAAAAUUAUUUCAAUUCAGACGUUCGUGGUUUGUAGUUGUGUGAAGAAAAAUUUAACGGAAAUUAAUAGUGAAUUUUACAAAAAAAAAAAAAUUAAAAAUAACAUAAAAUAUACAAAUAGUGUUUUGUAAUUUUGUUUCUUCUUUGGGAAUAUUUUUAAGCUAAAUUUACUACAACGGCUACAGCAGUGCAAAGAAUUUUAAAACUGUUAAUGCAAUUGCAGCACAAAUUGCUGCGUAGUCAACUCAACUGCAUUAGCAAAUACAUACAGCAGCUCUAAACAAACAAAAAAACUCAGUUUUUAAGGCAACGUUUUCAAAAAUCUUCUACUAAAAAAUUAUACUAAAUUGUAAACUAAACCAAAUAAAUACCUCAUCUACACGUUAAACCUAAAGAAAAUAAUUUAUUUUUUAUAAAAAAAAUUAUUUAAUUAUUUAAAUUUAGUUAAAAGCAAUAUUUACAUUAAAUACUACAACAAAUCAACUUUACACAUCAUUAACAGAAAGAAGUACCUGAAAUUUUAGUUUUAAUUGAAACAAAUUAUAGUAAAUCUGGGUAUAUUAAGGUUAAUCUUUAAAGAUUAUCUUUUUGCUAAAAUGGGUCCCCCACACUCUACCGCAGUCAAUGGUUCGGAGCUGCCACCCAAAACUACCGAACACUGUGAGGCUCCUCGUGAGCUCAAAGGCUACCGCAAGUGGUUGAGUGAAAACCUUAUGCUGCUGGUCACAUUGUCUGGUGUCAUGUUGGGUGUCAUUCUAGGCUUCUCUCUACGCCCGCUUCACCUGCAUGAAGACUCGAUAAUGUUGAUCUCGUAUCCGGGUGAAUUGUUUAUGCGUGUCCUCAAAUUAAUGAUUUUACCGCUGGUCAUCUCAAGUCUUAUUGCCGGCUCGGCCAGUCUGAAUGCCCGCAUGAAUGGCAAAAUUGCUUUGAGAACGUUGGUGUAUUUUGCCAGCACAUCAUUGUUGAAUGCUGCAUUGGGCAUAGCAUUGGUCAUGCUUAUACAUCCUGGUGACCCGGAUUUACAUAAUACUACAGAUCGUUCCACGGAUAAAAGGGCUGUGAAUUUAUUGGAUAGUUUAUUGGAUUUGGGAAGAAACGUCUUUCCGGAUAACUUAUUCCAAGCCUCAUUUCAACAAGCGCACACUGUUUAUCUGCCUAAACCUUCAAUAGUCCAUACAUUUAAUGAAACUGUCAAUGAUACCGCUCUAAUUGGCAGCAGUGCCGGUGGUGGUGGCGGUAGUGGUGAUGGUAUCGAUGACACUACAGACGAUGUGGAUGGCGAAGAACCACAACUGAUACGUGUUAUCCAGUAUCGCAGCGGCACCAAUACCCUGGGCAUUGUAUUCUUUUGUUUAGUUUUUGGCACAUUCCUUGGCACUAUUGGUCAAAAAGGACAAGUAGUGGUCGAUUUUUUUGCAGCCAUCUUUGAAGUUGUCAUGAAAAUGGUGACCUGCGUCAUGUGGCUGACACCGGUGGGCAUCAGUUCGGUGAUAGCGGGCAAAAUAUUGAGUGUUAACGAUCUACAUUUGGUGAUGGCCCAAUUGAUGUGGUUCAUACUAACGGUGGCGGUCGGUGUCGUCUUGUAUCAGUUGGUCAUCAUGCAGGCCAUUUACUAUGUUAUCGUGCGUCGCAAUCCCUUCAAAUUCUAUGCAGGAUUAAUACAAGCCAUGCUAACUGCAUUUGCGACAGCUUCAACUGCUGCUGCACUUCCUGUAACAUUCCGUUGCAUGAAUGAUAAGUUACGUGUGGAUCAACGUAUAACACGUUUCGUUUUACCCAUUGGCUGUAAUGUCAAUAUGGAUGGUACUGCUCUAUUCAUCUCAAUUGCUUCGAUAUUUAUUGCUCAAAUGAGUGGCAUGACUUUGGGUUUUGGUGAACUUGUCACGGUACUCUUGACAUCGACAGCUGCUUCCAUGAGUUCGGCCAGCGUUCCCAGUGCUGCUUUGGUUUUAUUGUUGGUGGUUUUGACAGCUAUCGAUGCACCGGUUCAGGAUGUUACACUACUAUUUGCCGUUGAUUGGUUUGUCGAUCGCAUACGCACUACGAAUAACAUGUUGGGGGAUUGCUACACAGCUGCCGUAGUUGAGGAGUUAUCACGCAAAGAAUUAAUGGCUCUCGAUGCUGCUGUACUCUAUCAGGAAAUUCCCAUUAGUACACCAAAUGGUCAUGUCAGUUUAGAAGGACAAACUGAAUUGGAUAGUAAUUGUACUAUACCGGAUGCUGUUAUCGUUGAUAUGAAUGUGGUUAUUAACAAAGUGCAUCAGCAACAGCAACAGCAGCAACAUCAUCACAAUGGUCAUGCAAAUAAUAAAAUUUAAAAGCGAUACAAUUUUAAGAAGAUGGCAGAAAUAUUAGAAGCAGAAAAAAAGAAAAUUAACAAUAUUUUGUAUUAAGGCAAAACUAAUAAUUAAUAUUUUAACAUGAAAAGAAAAGAAAAGAUAAUAACUAAUUACACAUUAUAAGUAUUAAGAUUUAGUAAAGAUGGUAGUGUUCCAAUGAAAAAUAAUUCAAAUACAAUAUUUAAACUGUCAAUUUCUAAAUAAUCAAACACAACACACACCCACAAACAUAAAAAAUUCCGCCAUUUAAUUCGAAAACAAUAAAAUGCAUUAUUAUACAAUAUUAAGAGAUUAUUGGCUUGUUGGAAAAAAGACUUGAACAAUUUUUAUUCCCAUAUCCUUUUCUAACAAAAAAAUUGUAAAAAAAAUAAACAAAUUCUUAAAGCCAGACUGUUAUUUUAACCAAAAAACAAACAAAUAUUAAACAAUAUUCCAAAAUUAAAAUAGAUUUAUAAAAACAAUUUUAUUAAAUUAUAUCAAUAACCCACCAAAAUCUAUACUUAUACUAAAACUUUAAAAAAUUAUUAAAAAAAGAACUCCGUUUUGAAUCAAAAAAAUAAAA